AUGGCAAGUUUCGUCACGCCUCCUUCGUUCUCUUCUUCGGACGCGGGCGCGGCCGCGCCCUCGAUGCAAACCCCCGCAGCUGCCUUGCCGCACUUCCAUUUCGUGGAGCCUGCGCAGACGAGCAGCUUAGUGUCUUCUCUCGCUGCUCCCCCCCACUUGGGUCAUCCUCGCUGCGCAGCGGGCGUCCUGCCGGUCUCUUCGCUCCCGUCGUACCUGCUGCCCGACCACGACACCAGGCCUCUAUCGUCGCAUGCAGCGGCGGCCCGCCCCGCCAGCCAACUCGGCAGGCUCGGAGCCGGGGACGCGACGGGCGCUAGGCCCCAAACGGCGGCCGUGGCGUCUGGAGGCCAUCUAAUUGAAAACCGCCUUCAAGGCGGGUUAGUUUCGGGUCCGCAGGCGGCGCAGUUCGCGCUCCUUCAUCCACACAAUCCCGCGCUGCGGCGUUCGCCAAGCAGCGCCACGCUGGGCGCCGCCGCCGCCUCCCACGAAGAAUGCGGGCUGCGCUCGCUGUGCGUGGGCGGGGACUCUCCCCCGGGCGUCAGGCGCCGCGUGCUGUCCCCCGCCGUCGAACUAGGAACGCGUCACGUCUCUGCAAGCGAGCUCUCGCCUUUGCCUACGGCCCCGUUCGUCCGCCUUCCCUCCUCUGCCUCUGCAUCGCGUCUGAUUUACUCGCUUCCUCCUGCGUCCUCUGUGGGCUGUGGGCCGUCGGUCGAGGGUCUCGUGGCCCCGCUGGGGGCCCACCCAGGCCUGCCGCUCGCGGGCGUCCUUCCUCCCUCUGCGGGCGUGCGAAUGCGGUCAGCCCCCUCCACGACGCUCACGCAGACAGGCGCCGGUGUGGGCUCCGGGCGAUAUUCGGCCAGUGCAGAGGAGGCCGCGGCGACGGGAGGGCGGAGUUUGUCUGGGGGCUCCGCGCCGAUAGCGCCUCCGCCGCAGACACGCAGCCGGCUGCAGUACCAGGAAAUCACUCAGAGGCUUCAAGCGCUCGAGGCGGCGAAGGCGGCUGAGGCGAGGCGCAUCGGAGAUCUGAUGAGGCAGGAGAGAGAACUGCUUGCGCACUUUGCGCAUACACAUCAGACAGGCAGUGUGUGCGGCGCGCGAAGCCUCGCCGAAAGGCCCGGCCAAAACGCCCAAGCCUCGCCUGAGAUGCGGCGAGGUGGCGCUGCCCAGGGGCCGCAGUCCCACGUCCUCUCAGGUGUACCGACAGGGUCGGAUGAAAUCCCGUCGUCUGCCCCGUCUCAUCCGGCUCUCGGCGAGAGCGGCCGCCUGCCUGCCGAGUUUGCGGGCCCGAUUCCGCGGCUACCUUCAUUCACGAGUCCUUGCGCGAACACACUCAGCUUUCUGUCGCCCGCUGCGCCGCCGUCCGCACUCCCUGAACAGACCGGCGCAGGGAGCGCCGCGGGCCAGGCGUACGUACACCCAGUUCCGAUGUCGGCGUUGCCCAUCUCUUCGUCUGGCGGCCCCUCCGCCGCGUAUCGGGCGCCGCGACGACGGGCGCUCAUCGUGGGCUGCAGCUACCAGAAGAGUCAGCCAUACCACAUUCGCGGGGGUGGCAACGACGCGCAUUUGUUCGCGCACGCAUGUGUCCAGUUUCUGGGCAUCGACCCGAAGGAGAUCUGUCUGCUGACAGACACGGUGCCCUCCACCUGCUACCGCGGGCGAGGGAGCGACGGCGUCCCGUUUGGCCCGCCUGCGCACAUUCAAGGCAAAGUCGGUUCGAAGCACGGUGCGCUGCUGGCGAAAAAAGGCGAAAAAUCCCAAGGCGACGACGGCCGCGAGUCCACGAAGGACGCAGACGAGGAACCUGCGGGUGGCGGGAUCGCCCCUGAGCUCCUCGACGCCGCCGCUGCAGGCGCACAGCAACUCGUUACCUACGGGACGAAACAGGAGCGCGACAGAAACGGGAAAAAAUCCGUCGUUCACCUGGUCGUCGACGUCGACUCACUCGAGUCAGAAGAACCAAACCCUGUCGUCUCUGAGUUGCCGACGCGACACCACAUCCUCAGGGGAGUCCGGUGGCUUGUGGAAGAUGCGCGUCCCGACGACUACCUCAUCUUCUACUUUUCGGGGCACAGCGUGCAAAUGGAUAACAUGUGCGGCUGGGAGGGCGAAGGCUUCGAGGAGGCGUUCGUCCCCUGCGACUUCAACGCCCACGACGUCGAAAACGGCGACCCCGUCGCGCUUGUCGGCGCACUUGAAAUUCGCGAGAUCCUCCUGACGAUCCCCGACAGGACGCAGCUCACGAUAUUCCUGGACUGCUGCGGAGGCCAGACCAUUCUUGAUCCCGCAGGAACGCUGUCGCCCUUCACGUUCAUCAAAGGAGUGAAGCAACGGGGCAUCUGGCCCUUCUCAGACGCCACAGAUAAAAUGUACCUCGCGAACUACCGCACGAGUGUGUGGAUGCACCCGGACAUGGAAAAACAGGUUGUGCAGCCACGCUAUAUGCCUGGUGUGGAGGUGCAGUCUCUCAGCUGCGUUGCAGCCGGCGCCCUGAAGGGCGAAGAUGACGAGAAACGGGGACUGUUCAACGCCUACUGCAUCGCGGCCGCGCCCUGGGGCAGCGUCGCACUCGAGGCCAGCUUCACCUCCUUCGCCCUGUAUAGCAUGCACGCGGGGCCUCUGCCGGGCGAGUCGUGGGCCUGCACUCAAGAGGGUUUUCCAGUCGUCCACGGAGUGUUCACGUGGGCUGUGGUUUCCGCGCUCGCCUCGCUGUUCAAGGAGACGAUGCUCAACUUUUCUGAGAGCGGCACGGCCAAGACGCCGAUGCGCGUCACCUACAGCAAGCUCAUGGAGCAGAUUGGGCAAAACAUCAGAGAGCUGAAGUGGAACCGUUUGUUCAAGCUGGACCAAAAGCCGGAGCUGACGGUUCAUUCGGGUGGCGGCGCGCGAGCGGCGGAGCUCUUUGCGCAGUUUCCAGACGCAGCACCUGGCAGGGGGCGCCCGUCGCUCUGCGCCGUGGCUCCCGAUGCCUUGCGCGCCGGCGCGUCGCUGGAGAGUUGGGCGAGCACGCGGUUCGAGGGCUCUCCGUCGCAGAAACAGGAACUGUCGGGGAGUUUCUACGCGUUUUUUCAUCCUGUUUGGACGAAGGAGGACGAGAAAGAGACAAAUUCGACGCGCUUCAGCUCUAAGGUGACCUCAGACGGCGCCCUGCCUUACACCGCUGAGGCGUGCUUUUACAAGGCUUUCGGGGCCGCGGCACGCCCAGAGCGCGAAGAGCCGUGCGGCGCGGGGGACAGUACCCGAGGAGGCGCCCGCGGGGGACGCGCAGCAACAAGUAUGUCGACUGCGUGCGACCCGCCUCACGCGGAAGACACCGAACUGGAAUACACGCUGGAGCCUGGCGCAGCGGCCAGAGGAGGGAGGGGGACGCUGCCCGAUAGCUUUCCCGUCGUGAGCACAGGGGCUUGGAGUAGUCCUAGUCCGCAGACGGUUUAG